CUGAUUUGCAGAAGUAAUUAGGCUUUGAAUUUUCUGAAAGAAAUCAAAUGUCGGAUAAGAAGAAAGAAAGUCAAGCUCUCCUGCUCGGUCGAUACGAGAUCGGAAAGCUUCUUGGCCAUGGUACUUUUGCGAAGGUCUACCACGCCAGGAACGUUAAAACUGGCGAAAGCGUUGCGAUUAAGGUUCUUGAUAAGGAGAAAAUCCUUAAAGGAGGUUUGAUUGCUCAUAUCAAGCGUGAGAUCUCGAUCUUACGUCGUGUUCGACAUCCCAACAUCGUUCAGCUCUUCGAGGUCAUGGCUACCAAGGCCAAGAUCUACUUUGUAAUGGAGUAUGUGAAGGGAGGUGAGCUAUUCAAUAAGGUUGCUAAAGGUCGGUUAAAAGAGGAAGUUGCGAGGAAGUAUUUCCAGCAGCUUAUCUCUGCUGUCGGAUUCUGCCAUGCGAGAGGUGUUUACCACCGAGAUCUCAAGCCUGAAAACCUUUUAUUAGACGAGAAUGGUGACCUCAAGGUCUCCGAUUUCGGCCUUAGCGCUGUAUCGGAUCAGAUGAGGCAGGACGGAUUGUUCCACACUUUCUGUGGAACCCCUGCGUAUGUUGCCCCCGAAGUUCUAGCUCGCAAGGGCUACGAUGGGGCCAAGGUCGAUAUCUGGUCUUGUGGUGUGAUUUUGUUUGUUUUAAUGGCUGGUUAUCUUCCUUUUCAAGACCAGAACAUUAUGCAGAUGUAUAAAAAAAUCUAUAAAGGGGAGUUCCGAUGCCCUAGGUGGUUCUCUCCUGAGCUCUCCCGUCUCCUUUCUCGUCUCCUCGACACGAAUCCGGAGACCAGAAUCACGAUUCCUGAAAUAAUGGAGAAUCGGUGGUUCAAGAAAGGAUUCAAACACAUUAAGUUCUACAUUGAGAACGAUCGCCUGUGCAGCUUUGCCGACGACGACGUUGAAUCUUCAUCCGAACAAUCCGUAUCAGAAUCAGAGUCCGAGUCAGAAACGCCGAGACUGCCCGUCCUUGGGUUGCCCAGACCAGCUAGUUUGAAUGCUUUCGACAUCAUAUCGUUCUCACCGGGAUUUGAUCUCUCCGGUUUGUUCGAAGAGACAGGGGAAGAAUCAAGGUUUGUUUCGGGUGCUCCAGUGUCGAAAAUUAUAUCAAAAUUGGAGGAGAUUGCCAAGGUGGUUAGCUUCACAGUUCGGAAGAAGGAUUGUCUUGUAAACUUAGAAGGAUCAAAAGAAGGCGAAAAGGGGCCUUUGACGAUUGCGGCUGAGAUAUUCGAAUUAACACCCUCAUUGAGGGUGGUAGAAGUUAAGAAGAAAGGAGGGGACAAGGGAGAGUAUGAUGAAUUCUGUAACAGAGAACUCAAGCCCGUGUUGCAGACCCUUCUGCUUGACGAUUCUCCUGUUCCUCCCAUUAUCCCUUCAGAUACCGAGUAGAGAAAAUAAACAAAAACACAAA